UAAAACGCUCAUGCUCCCUUGUCGGUGCCACUUUCACUGCUCUACUGAGAGUCGUCUGAGACGCUUCAAAUGGCUGUUUCUGCCUCUGCCUCUGCCUCUCUCGUCUUCCUCCUUUUGAUGGUCAGAAUUUUAGGGUUUACAGUGGCCCUUCUGGUACUUUUGUGGGCCACUUCCUUCACCUCCAGCUUCCUCCCUUCCUCUUCACUCUCUUCCCAACACCUUCUCUACUCUCUUCUUCAUCCUCUGCUCAUGGUGAUUGGCUUCAUUCUCAUCAGCGGAGAAGCAAUAUUGGUUCACAGAUGGCUUCCAGGGUCGAGAGGGAUGAAGAAAAGUGUGCAUCUGUGGCUUCAGGGGCUGGCCAUGACUUGUGCGGUGUUUGGGAUUUGGAGUAGAUUUCAGGGAGAAGAUGGGAUUGUGGCUAAUUUCUAUAGCCUUCAUUCUUGGAUGGGUUUGCUUUGCAUCUCCCUCUUUGCUGCCCAGUGGUUGACAGGAUUCUGGAACUUUUGGCACAGAGGAGAGGGGAGGAAGGUGAGGAACAGAAUACUACCUUGGCAUGUGUUCCUGGGACUCUACACAUAUGGUCUGGCUGUUGCAACUGCAGAAACUGGACCUGAGAAGCUCAUUUUCUUACAAUCAUCCAAACAUUCUGCAGAAUCUGUGCUGGUCAAUUGUUUAGGUUUAGGUCUUGCACUUUUGGGUGUGCUUGUUGUUUUUGCUGCUCUUUCACAUCAUAAUAACAACCAACACCAACAUCAUCAAUCUCUCCAAACCAAAUUUUCCUUCUCUGAUCCCUCCACCACCAAGAAGGCUUUGCUUUUGCUUGUCCUUUUCUAGUUCCUUAUACAUUUGGACAUGAUGAAAGUAAGAAUACUCCACAAUGUUCUAACUUCUGUGUGUUGGGUUUUACCCAAUAUCAUGUGUUUGAGAAAUUUGUUGAUGGACUUGUACUACUGGAUUAAUUAGUAGUUACAAGUCAUGUAAAUCUUACUACUUUUUUUGCUUAAUAUUAAUAUAAAAACUGGUUGGAGAUUCACUUUAAUCUUAAA